UAGUGAGCCUUCCUCAGCAGUGUUAACGCUACUGUCCUACUUUAGUUAGUCACCUGCUGCCCUUAACACCAUUCCAGAAUUGAAGAACUUAUGUGUCUGGGAGAGAAUGUUACUGUACCUCCUCUGCUGUUGUGCUGAUCUGUUUGUUUAGUCUCCUGGAAAAAGUAGUGUAAAGAAGAGUGAAGCCUCAGUGAAGCUGUGAAGCCCAUAAUUUCUGUAUUUGAAAAGAUCUAGAUACAGCGUCUAUGCUGGUGCUGUGAGAUCUCGGAAGUGCAGGGGGUCUCAUUUAGAGUUGUAUCAGAUAGGCUGCAGAGGAACCAGCUGGUGGUGUUGGAAACAAACAAGCUGCUAGUGUUAUCCAGACCAUCGGAAGAUAUUUUUAAAUCUUACAUGAGAUGGUUUGCUUCUAGGAAAUCUGUUUUUCAAUGGAAUUCCAUUGAGUAAAUCUAAUCACUUUUGCCCUUGCCCCUUUCUGGCUCUAAUCUCUCCUGCUGUUAUUCCCUAUAUAGCCCAUAUUUCUUGGUGGGGGAAACUCCCUGCUCGUCCCCAUGUGUUACUUUUCUGCUGAACGUUCUUUGCAGUCUUGCUUCUCUUCCUCUUGGCUGAUGAAAGCCUUCUCCAAUCUUUACUCAUUGAUGUAGUUCACCAUGACCCAUCUUUCUGCUGCUAGAAGAUGUCUCUGGCCCUGCGUGACCUUUUCAGAAAUUUUCUCCUCACAUUUAUUGCUAGUGAUCCCUUUAUUCACUCUGCUUCUCAUUCCAUUCCCCCUUAAAGCAACUUGCCACCACAGAUAUCAGGUUCCAGUCCAAUACUUGAGUUAUGAGCUGUCAGGAACAAUGACUAGCCAGAAGUGCAUGUGAUCAGAGAAAGAAAGAAUAAUCAGGAGUUGGCGGCUAAACUGUGAGAAGGAGGGACUGAGUUGGUAAAUUUGCAGCACGACAGUGGAGUUGUGGGAUAAUUUUACUUCUUCUGGGACUAGAGAAAAGGGGGAUCGUAAGUUGGGAAAGUGAAAUGGGAGACUUGUGUACACACAAGUCCACACGCACAGUGUCAUUUGCCUUAAUUCACUAGCCUUGAAGUAGAGGUGAUCAAAUCUGUAAACCAAAUGAUUGUCUGAGCGAGCUGAAGCUGGUACUUAACUUUCCUGCCUUUUUAAGAAUUCAGGAUAGCUGUAGCUUCCACUGCAGCAUGGCAAUAAAAAUGUGAGAACGUGUACAUUAUAUUUUUGACUAUGGUAAUAAAACUUUUAAACUACGAGUAUAACUUCUGGGUGAUUUCAGACCCACGGCAUCCCCAGCCCCCUAUGAUGUGGCAAAGUGGUGUAAGAGGCUUAGUACUGAGAUACUCAAGUGAAAAAGCUGUACAAUGCAAUGAAAUACAGUUUAGUUUUUUUCUCAAGCAUGACUUAUUUUCCGAUUCUCUUGAUUUAGGUCUGGAGUCAAUCUCAGUCUGAGCUCCCAGGAUCCUGUCACCAUGGAGACUGAAAGUGAGCAGAACUCCAGUUCCACCAGUGGGAGCUCCAGUUCCGGAGGAAGCACCCGUCCUCAGAUAUCACAGAUGUCUCUGUAUGAGCGACAGGCGGUACAGGCCCUUCAGGCACUCCAGAGACAGCCCAAUGCAGCCCAGUACUUCCAUCAGUUUAUGCUCCAGCAGCAGCUUAACAGUGCCCAACUUCACAGCUUGGCUGCUGUCCAGCAGGCUACAAUAGCAGCCAGUAGACAGGCCAGCUCCCCCAGCACCAGUACCCCACAACAGACCACCACUACCCAGGCUUCUAUCAACCUAGCCACCACAUCGGCUGCGCAACUGAUCAGUCGCUCACAGAGUGUGAGUUCCCCCAGUGCCACAACCCUGACGCAGUCUGUGCUCCUUGGGAAUACCACCUCACCGCCUCUCAACCAGUCACAAGCCCAGAUGUAUCUCCGGCCGCAGCUGGGGAACCUGUUGCAGGUAAACCGGACCUUGGGCCGCAAUGUCCCUCUUGCCUCCCAACUCAUCCUGAUGCCUAAUGGGGCCGUGGCUGCUGUCCAGCAGGAGGUACCACCCACUCAGUCUCCUGGGGUCCAUGCAGACACAGACCAGGUGCAGAACUUGGCUGUGAGGAGCCAGCAGACCUCAGCCGCUAAUGCCCAGCUCCAAGGCUCUGCUCAGAAGGCAGCUCUUCCAGGAAACUCCCAGCCUUCGGGCCUACCACAGGCCACAAAUACAGGCCAAACAUUGGCAGUGGCUCAGGCGGCUUCUAGCAGUCCAGGCCAGUCCCUCAACUUGAGCCAGGGGGCCACAGGCAGCAAUGGUAUCUCUGGGGGUGUGGUGGCAAGUAGUGGGAGCCAGACCUCAACAGGAUUGAGCCAGGCAUCCUCAGCAGGCCCUGCUGGCAGUUGCCAAAGGAAAGGCACAGGGGUGGUUCAGCCGUUACCAAUAGCAGCUGCUCAGGCAGUGACUGUCAGCCAGGGAAGCCAAACAGAAACAGAGAAUGCAACCACAAAGAAAGGCGAAGCGGACAGUGGUGGACAGCAAACGGUGGGCAUGAACCUGACCAGGACAGCUACACCAGCACCCAGCCAGACAUUGAUCAGCUCAGCCACAUAUACACAGAUCCAGCCCCACUCGCUGAUACAGCAGCAGCAGCAGAUCCACCUGCAGAAGCAGGUAGUGAUCCAGCAGCAGAUUGCCAUUCAUCACCAGCAGCAGUUCCAACACCGCCAGUCCCAGCUCCUCCACACAGCCACCCAUCUCCAACUGGCUCAGCAACAGCAACAGCAGCAAGCGCCAUCUCUGACUCAACAGCAGCAGCAAGGUCAACCCCCCCAGCAGCAAGCUUCUUCUCAAAACCAGCAGCAAGCUCAGACCCUUGUGGUGCAACCUAUGUUGCAGUCCCAGCCGCAGCCUGUUCAGCUCCAGCAGGACAGCCCUUGCCAGCCAGCCACCAAGUCACCUGUUCCAAUUCAGUCAAAAUCUCUGGUCACCCCCAUCAAACCACCUCAGCUUGGGCCUGCCAAAAUGUCAGCAGCACAGCAGCCUCCACCACACAUCCCAGUGCAGGUGGUGGGUACACGGCAGCAGGGCUCAGGCCAAGCUCAGGCACUGGGUUUGGCUCAGAUUGCUGCAGCAGUGCCCACCUCCCGGGGAAUGCCAGCUGUGGUCCAGCCUGUUUCCCAAGCCCAUAUUGCUUCUCCAUCAUCUGCUCCAGCAUCCUCACAGGAAGCUCCUCCCCUCACCACAGGGGUAAAUUUGGCACAAGUUCAAGGCACAGCCCACAUGGUGAAGAGCACAGCCUCCUCUCCAGUUGUGGCUCAGAUGCCAGCAGCAUUCUACAUGCAGUCUGUCCAGUUGCCAGGCAAGUCUCAGACCUUAGCGGUGAAGCGCAAGGCAGAGUCAGAGGAGGAGAAGGAGGAAUCACCCAGUGUCAAUGCAGUCUUGCCUGCUAGGUCCUCUCCUGUGACAGACAGCCCCAAAAACAUGGAGGAGAAAAGUGGCCUUGGAGAUAAAUCUGAUCCUGCUGCCAGUGCAACCCCAAAUCCCACCUCAAAUGAAGCAACAUCAGUCACACCCACUUCGGCUUCCACCCCAAACGUGGCAAUGGUGUCACGUCAGACGGGAGACUCCAAACCCCCACAAGCCAUCGUCAAGCCCCAGAUCCUCACACAUAUCAUAGAGGGCUUUGUCAUCCAGGAAGGAGCAGAGCCAUUUCCGGUUGGUUGUUCUCAGCUAUUGAAAGAAUCUGAGAAACCACUGCAGGGAGGGGCUCCCUCUGGGCAGAGUGAAAACCUGUCCAGUAAUUCCCCAGGAAGGGACAGCACUUCUAUGGAGCUUGAUAAAAAGGCAAACUUGCUGAAGUGUGAAUACUGUGGGAAGUAUGCCCCAGCCACCCAGUUCCGUGGCUCCAAGAGAUUUUGUUCCAUGACCUGUGCUAAAAGGUACAAUGUCAGUUGUAGCCAUCAGUUUCGGCUGCAGAGAAAGAAGAUGAAGGAGUUCCAGGAAGCUAACUAUGCUCGCGUGCGCCGACGGGGACCACGGCGCAGCAGCUCUGAAAUCGCUCGAGCAAAGAUCCAGGGCAAGCGCCACAGGGGCCAAGAAGAUUCCAGUCGAGGCUCUGAUAACUCCAGCUAUGAUGAGGCUUUGUCCCCUACAUCUCCAGGGCCCCUGUCAGCAAGGGCCAGUCAUGGAGAGAGGGACCUGUCAAACUCCAGUAUGGCCCCACCCACCCCAGAUCUACAUGGCAUCAACCCAGUCUUCCUAUCCAGCAAUCCCAGUCGUUGGAGCGUAGAGGAAGUGUCUGAGUUCAUCGCAUCUCUGCAAGGCUGCCAGGAGAUUGCUGAGGAGUUUCGGUCACAGGAAAUUGAUGGCCAGGCCCUACUGCUCCUCAAGGAGGAACACCUCAUGAGUGCCAUGAACAUCAAGCUGGGACCAGCUCUCAAGAUCUGUGCCAAGAUCAAUGUCCUCAAGGAGACCUAACAGCUCUGAAGCUAGAGGUCUCUCUUUUGCUCUGACCCCAGUGCAGCUGCCAGCUUUGGAGAAUCCUGCUUGGGUGGGGAAAGAUGGGACCAUCCCACAUGAUCUUGCAUACAAAGAAGAGUGAGAAGGAAAUUAACUGAGUUGAACUGCCAUGCACAAGCCUCUGUCUUGGUCUCUCUAUGGUGCUACCAGGGGGAUGAAAACUCCCACCUGGGUCUUGAAACUUCUUUCCUUCCUCCUUAUUUUGAAUAUGCUUCUGCCAUACACCACAUAAGGAAGGGAAGGGGACCUCUUUCUGCCCUAACAGACUUCUGAACAAGGAACUGCCCUGCACUUUUGCCACAGCAGGUCUAUUAGAUCCUAUGUAGUUAUUUUUGAAUCUUGCUGUGCUAGAACAUGAGGCACAGGAGAAGCCUGCCCAGCAGUAAUAGCAUGAGCAGCUGUGCUUGAGGCAUUUGGGAAGGGGAGCAAGUAAAUUCCAAGUGACAAAAGUGGAAAAAACAAUAGAGCAAAAGGGGCUGUCUCUGUUUCACUGUUCUAAAAAUACCUAGGCUGUUCAUGAACUGGAUUUAAUAGCCAUUCCAGCAUGCAUACCAAACCUGAAGGCCCAGGGCAAUAGGAGCUGCCUUAGCUUUACUGUUUCCUGUAGAGAUGCAGAUUGAAGGCUAAGUGUUAUGGCAGCUGCUCACUCCAGAUGCUCCCCUUUGAGCCAGUCAGAGGAGGAUUCAUACUGAGUUCAAGGUGAUGGGGGGGAAAAAAAGGGAGGGGGGGUGUUUUACCUUAGCAAACUCCGCAGGCACUAGGUUUGUCUUGCCAUUGUGCUAGGGCAUAAUAUACAAAUCCAAAGCAGCCUUCAGAAGCGCUAAGGCUCUUCAUAAAAUGGGCUAGGGUUUGGGGUUUUUUUGCGUGUGUUCUCUUACCAGUUUGUGUUAUUUUUUGUGUCUGUCUUCAUUAUCCUCAGGAGAGCUUAUGGGACAAAGUUUAAGCUGGCAGGAUUGCAUCCCCUGCCUCAGGCUCUUUUUUUUUUUGUUGGUUGUCACUGUUGUAAAACAAGUAUUUCUCUUCCCCAGUUAAAAACAACAACAACCACCACCACCACCCUCCCACCAACUGAAUUCUGAUCCUUUAAUGCUAUUUCUCCUUGAAAGUGAUAGUUAGAUGAACCCCCCUUCCAGCCCACAUACCAUUUUUUUUUUCAAAAGGACCAAAUAUGGUAUUCUAACAUCUUCUAGCCAGUUUGCUGAGGAUAUGAGCCUGAGCAGAAUUCUCUUCUUCCAAAAACAACUCUGCUUUAAAAACAAAACAAAAACACAAGCUGAGGAAAUUACACAAAGCACUAAGAGGUAAGUGCACUGAAUAGAACACAUCUUCUAAACCCUGUCUCAGCUCUUCUGUUUUUUUUAAGUUUCAUAUGAAUUUUCCAGUGAAACCUAAGUCUCUUCUGUGUGGGAAGUGCCUACAGUUAGAGGAGGGCUUUAAAGUCAUAUGAGGAGGCCUAAUAGCAUGGGUAGGAAAACAUUAGAGAUCUUUGGAAGGGGCUAUGUAUUGAUGCCCCCAUAAAAAAAAAGCAAUUGAAAGGGAGCACAGUGCUUAGCAGAUGGCUAUAGAGUGUGAAAGCAAUGUCUUGGUCUUAAUUCAAAUGCUAAGUAUGAUGUUGAUAAUGACAUCCUCGUUCCCGAGGAGGAAGGAUUCUGCAGUCUAUUAAAAAUAGGCCCAAAGGAAGCUGUCCAUUCUUAUACACUGAUAGUAGCACCAGAGCCAAUAUACAUUGGGGAAGGGAAAUUAGCAUCUGUAACAGCAAUCAUCAGAGGAAGGUUGCCCUUACACAAGCAACUUGCUAAACAAAACAAGUUUUAAAUUUAACCCAUGGUAGGAUAGAACAGCAGCGUAUCAGUUACUAGCCCCUUCCAAGGACUAUGUUUACUUCACCCAAAGGGAAAGGUUUUACCUCUUACCUAAAGUUCAUUGUAUAUGUUCAAGGUUCUUAAUAAAAAAAUUAAA